GGAUCGAGCAUCGCAUCGUGGUUGAAAUGUGCUUCCUUAUUACUUUCUAGCGUUUUGAUCCAUUUAACCCACUUCAUACUCCUUCAUGCACCUCUAAACUACAACCCCUCGAUCUUCUGCAACAGUGGGUCGCCCCACCUGGGAACUGAUUGAUCAGCGACGCCUUCUUUUUCUCCUCUGCUCUUCCCAAAUCGUGGUCAAACAUUCAUUCUUUGCGACAAACAUGGCGCAAGAGCUCAAGAAAAAGGGCAACGAGUUCUUUAAGGAGGGCGACUAUGUUAGCGCCGAGGACUACUAUUCGCAAGCAAUUGCCAAGGACCCACGCGAUGCAACCUUCUACACGAACCGCGCAGUAACCCGCAUCAAGCUCGAGAAAUGGGAGGAUGUCGAACACGAUGCGCGCGCCGCAAUUAACAUCUACGGCGAGAAAGAUCCCGCCUCGCUGAAGAGCAGCGUCUAUCUCGCUCAGGCUCUACUUGCCUUGAACCGACCUCAAGAAGCAUACGACCUCACCAUCACUGCAUACCAGUUUAGUCUGGAUGUGAAGCAUAUCCAGACCGAGAAGCUAUCUGGUAUGUUGCUGCGUGCUAAGAAGGCACUGUGGGAAGCACGGGAAACGGCGCGCCUGCAUGAAAUGGAUGAAACGUUGAAGAGCUUGGAGGAGCUGAUUAAUGCGGACCUGGCGCGUGUUGAGGCGGAGUUGGCGAGUCAAUUGGAGAAGAAGGAGAUUGGGGAGGUGGGUUAUCGGGAGGAUCUGGGUGCGCUGCGGGAAGAUGCGCAGAAGAAGAUUCAACAUAUUCGAGAAGCAUUCCGGAUUUCGUCCAAGGGGGAUAUUCAAGAGCGAGUUGUGCCUGACUAUCUGAUUGACGGAAUCACCUUUGAGGUCAUGCACGAUCCCGUUAUGACUCCGUCCGGCGCUAGCUUUGACCGCAGCGGUAUUGUCAAGUAUGUGGAAAAGGCGGGUGUCGAUCCGCUUACUCGCGAGCCGAUGAGCGUCAAGGACCUGCGGCCGAACUAUGCGCUCAAGGCCGCUUGUGAAGAAUUCUUGAACAAGAAUGGCUGGGCGGUUGACUGGUGAUAUCUGUUUGUUAAGCGGUUUUCUUGUUCGAAAUUUUUUUUCUCUUCUCUUGAUACUGUCUCUCUGUUAUAUUCAGGUGCAUAGCGAGCUAUUCGUGAGCGUUGGCAUCUGCAUCUGUUUUGCUUUUUUAUAUCUGCAUCGGCGGGCGUCGAGUAGACUGUGGGGUUCUGGAGUUUUCAUUUCUACUGAAUAGUAUGGCAGCUCUGCAUAUUCGAGCUACAACCACAAAUAUAAACUUCAUUCCUCACUUCCCCUGACCCAAAGCUUCAAGCUUUUAGACUACUUACUACCGGGUG